AGUCAUCAUUGAUUAACGCUGACUGGCGUUAUUUCAUUGAUUUGACACUUUCCUUUUUUUCUCUUAUCCUGUUGCUAAGUCUCCGCGCGCGCAAUAAUGCGCGUUUUGCAUCAGUGCCGGAGAUGGGAUACGAGAGAUGUUCUCCUAGAGGUCACACAACACUGUAUACGAAAGGAGGGAGAAGCUAUAUAUAAGAGCUGGAUGAGUAUUUUAGCCUGAUUGUUGACUCUCCCCUUCCUGAUACCUUUCUAAGCAAGGAAGAAGACGAUGAAGGGUCGUCUGGUCCGUUGCGCGAUCUUGUUGAUGGUAUGCGUGUUCGCGCACGCUGUGCAUUUGCCAGACGGCUGUCCGUUUGAAGGCGAGACUCUAAGUGUGGGUCAACACACUCGGCGAUGUUUACGGAUCACUUGUCACGCGGAGGGUAAAAUGACAAUGCUCGGAUGUCCCUUAGCUCACUGUCCGGAAGGAAAGCAAGUGGAUUAUCGCGACACGGACUUCAGCAAACCUUAUCCAGAUUGCUGCGAAAGACCGAUUUGUAAGGAGGAAAAGUAAAGAAAUUAGGACACUCUACCAAAUAUAUAUAUUUCCGUAAAAUAAAAAUAUCCCUCUCGUCUGAAUCUAAAAAAACGCAAGAUCCACCACUUUCUUCGCUUGCCUGUUAUUUAUCGCAACUGGAUAUAAAUCCAGAUGUCUUACGCACGCGAUAACGCCAAAACCGAAUUUAUCUACUUGCGUCCUGGUGCUUCUCGUCGCUCAUACUAUUUUUAGUUUGCAUCACCGUCGCAUUUCACGAUUCUUUACAUGCGAUUUCUGCGCGCGACGAGAAAACGCAAAAACACUCUCCUCUCUUCACUCACUCAUAUAUUCCGCAAAGCUAAAUAAAAAACUUCCAAAACAGCAUUAAAAAACUCAAAUAAAUGCCAUUUUCGCCCGAAUCCUCGCUUGCCCGUAAAAUUUCGCGAAAUUAACGAGAAGCUGUAGCGUCUUUGAAAGAAAAAA